CUCUUCGUAAAUCAUCUUCUUAUUCUCCUUCCUUUCCCCUUAUAAUUUGUUGUUGAACAAAAACAAGUUUCUGAGAGAAAAUGUGUGGGAUUUUAGCCGUCUUGGGUUGUUCCGAUGAUUCUCAAGCGAAAAGGGUUCGAGUGCUGGAACUCUCCCGCAGGCUGAAGCACCGUGGUCCAGACUGGAGUGGGCUCCAUCAACAUGGCGACUGCUAUUUGGCUCAUCAGCGCCUCGCAAUCAUCGACCCUGCUUCCGGUGACCAACCUCUCUUCAAUGAAGACAAGAGUGUCGCCGUCACGGUGAAUGGAGAGAUUUACAACCAUGAAGAACUGAGGAAGAAGUUGACGAACCACAAGUUCAGGACAGGCAGUGACUGUGAUGUUAUAGCCCAUUUGUAUGAGGAGUACGGUGAAGGCUUUGUGGACAUGUUGGAUGGGAUCUUCUCAUUUGUGCUGUUGGAUACCCGUGACAAUAGCUAUAUUGUUGCUCGUGAUGCUAUUGGGGUCACCUCACUCUAUAUUGGCUGGGGACUUGAUGGUUCGGUUUGGAUUGCGUCGGAAAUGAAAGGAUUGAACGAUGAUUGUGAACAUUUCGAAAGCUUUCCUCCUGGUCAUUUGUACUCGAGCAAAUCGGCAGGUUUUAGGAGAUGGUAUAAUCCACCUUGGUUUUCAGAGGCAAUUCCCUCGGUUCCCUACGAUCCUCUUGUUCUUAGACGUGCAUUUGAAAAUGCUGUGAUCAAAAGGUUGAUGACUGAUGUGCCUUUUGGAGUUUUGCUAUCUGGAGGCCUGGAUUCAUCAUUGGUUGCUUCCAUCACAGCUAGGUAUUUGGCUGGUACCAAGGCUGCCAAACAGUGGGGAAGUCAGCUCCAUUCUUUCUGUGUUGGCCUAGAGGGUUCACCAGAUUUGAAGGCUGCAAGGGAGGUGGCAGACUAUUUGGGAACUGUUCAUCAUGAGUUUCACUUCAUCGUUCAAGAUGGAAUUGAUGCCAUUGAAGAUGUCAUUUACCACGUCGAAACCUAUGAUGUUACCACUAUCAGAGCAAGCGCUCCUAUGUUUCUAAUGUCACGGAAGAUUAAGUCAGUCGGAGUCAAAAUGGUUAUGUCCGGUGAAGGCUCCGAUGAGAUUUUCGGUGGAUAUUUAUACUUCCAUAAAGCGCCAAAUAAGGAGGAACUCCAUCAGGAAACAUGCCGCAAGAUCAAAGCCCUUCACCAGUAUGAUUGCCUGAGAGCUAACAAAGCAACGUCUGCAUGGGGAUUGGAGGCUCGAGUCCCUUUCUUAGACAAAGAAUUCAUCAACGUUGCCAUGUCUGUAGACCCUGAAUCAAAGAUGAUUAAAAAAGAUGAGGGACGUAUCGAGAAGUGGAUUCUUAGAAAAGCCUUUGAUGAUGAAAACCAUCCCUAUCUGCCAAAGCAUAUCUUGUACAGGCAGAAAGAACAAUUCAGUGAUGGUGUUGGUUAUAGUUGGAUCGAUGGUAUCAAAGCCCAUGCCGCUGAACAUGUGACUGAAAAGAUGAUGCUUAAUGCUUCCCACAUCUACCCUCACAACACACCAACCACAAAGGAAGCCUACUAUUAUCGGAUGAUUUUCGAGAGGUUCUUCCCUCAGAACUCGGCACGAUUGACAGUCCCUGGAGGAGCCAGUGUAGCAUGCAGCACAGCAAAGGCCGUCGAAUGGGACGCCACCUGGAAGAACAACCUCGACCCAUCAGGCAGGGCGGCACUGGGAGUCCAUGUCUCAGCUUAUGAUGCCGAGACACCUCUCAGCAACAAGCCAUCCAAGAUUAUUGAUUCGAUACCAACGAUGGAGAUUCCUGAAGUCGCCAUACACGGUUAGUGCCCGGAGAAUUGAAGCAAAAUGGCUGAAACUAGUGCCGUAUUAGAAUGCUAUGCCGUAUGCUAUAGGUGAUAUUUAAAAGUGUUAUUAUAUAUGUGUGUGUUAUAUCGUUUAAUCAUUAUUCUGUUGUUAUAUCAAGCUUUUGUUUAUGUAGUUCAAGUGUGUAAUCGAUAUUUUAUAGUGGAAGUUAAUUCUUUAAUGAGAAAUCAUCCCUUUUCUUUUUA